AAAAAAGCAGUAUUAGGUUUACAUUUCUCUCUUUUCUUUUCGCUCAGUCACUCUCUCCUCUCUCUCUCGUUUACUCUUUCUUCCCUUCCCGUGCUACAGAAAAAGCAACCAAGGCUUCUCCCAUCAAUUAAUAUUUCCUUCCUCGUUUCCUCUCUCUCUCUCUUCACUAUUGUAGUUUUAGUGAGAGAUAAUAAUGGAAAGAGUGGUGUGACACUAAUCUGUUGGUACUUUGUCCUCGAAGCAAAUCUCACUUAAAACUACCAACUAUCAACAACAUAUCAUCGAUCACUUCCUUGUCCUACGAGCCCUUCUCUUCUGCCACUUUUAAUCUCUCUAUUUCUCUCUCUCGCUCUUAGUUUUCACUUGCAAUGGCAGAGUUGCAGCCCGCAGAAGGUCCGAUGAACGGCGGAGCAGCUGUUGGAGCAACCGUAGGAGUUUCAUCGGAAAAUAUGGGCCCUUUUUUGGGCUCCAAGAGGCAACGUCGACCCAGCGUUCGAUUAGGUGACAUCGGCGACCAGCCAGCGACGCUUUCUUACGAUUCGUACGUCCGGCGAACCAAGCAGUGGAGGCUUCCAGGCGAAAACAACGAGUUCAAGUAUCGGAACCCCUCUCUGAAGGACGCGAGUACCGCUGCCAAGACUUCCAAGACUCGACCUCUAACCAACUUGGUUAAUGGCGGUGAUUGCCAUGAAACCCUAGAUGGUGAAGACAAGAAUCUCUCCGGGGAUGGCAAUUUGGAUUUGCUGGCGAUUGGGAACCGUAAAGGGAAGGAUUUGAAAGCGAGGAGAGGGGGAGGCGGGACUGGGGGAGGAGGCACGAAGAGGGUCAGAUCCAAUUGGGUCUCCAAGGUUGACGAUGGUACGGAAGGAGAAGACAAGUUUAGCGGUGGAGAUGAUGGGGGCGAAGGAUACAGAGAUUUCGAUCCGGAGGGUUCGGAAAGCCCCCUGAAAGAACAAAGCCCGAUUCAGUCACUGGAAAAUAUGGCUGUUGAUUUGCGACAAACUUCUGAUAGGGGGCAUGGGAAUGAAAGGGAGGUGCAAUUUCCCGGGCCGAGAAGACUGCAUCGGGCUAGGGUUUCGGAAAGCAGAGAUCAUGAUGCCGUCGAAUUGGAUGGCCCAUCGGAUACUGAUGCUAGGGAUUGGAAGUGCGGCACUAGUGCGGAUGGGAACGGGAUAGGCGAGAGGGAGAGGGAGAGGGAGAGGGAGAGGUUUCGGUCUCGGUCUCUGGAAGAUGGUGUGCGGAUGUGGCUCAAUGGAUUGGGUUUAGGUCGCUAUGCACCUGUCUUCGAGAUUCAUGAGGUGGAUGAUGAAGUUUUACCGCUCUUGACGCUGGAGGACCUCAAAGAUAUGGGGAUAAAUGCCGUUGGUUCUAGGAGAAAAAUGUACUGUGCAAUACAGAAGCUCGGAAAGGGCUUUUCUUGAGUCUCAAAUCUAUAAUGUUGUGGAUGUAAUUGCUGAAAACCCAGGCGAUGGCAUAUUUGAGAAUACAUGUCUGGGAUGGUUUUGAGCUCCUGGUUCUAUCUUAUAUUUUUAGUGGUUACUUACUGUUUUGGAGCUUACAUUUCCUUCUCUUAAUACAAUCUUUUGUACAUUUUUUUGGGUAAAAUGAUAGAUGUACUCUUCGCCUUGCUGAA